AUGGGAGAGUAUGAAGAGAAUGUGCAAGGACUUUCUGUGCUGCUGAUGUUGCCAAUGGGAAUUGUAGCCCUGAACCCUGGAGGACUCUUGGUGCUGCUGCUGUUUCCAAUGGGACCUGUAACCCAGAAGAGUAAACCCUGUGCUCGGUGGUGCCCUGCGAACUCCUCAUGUGUCAAUGGUACUGCCUGCCGCUGUGCUCCGGGAUUCAGUUCUUCAUCUGGGGAGAUCUUCACCAACCCCUUGGAGCUUUGUGAUGACAUCAAUGAGUGUGGACCACCCUUGCAAGUGUCCUGUGGAAAAUUUGCAGACUGCCAGAACACGGAAGGGGGCUACCACUGCAUGUGCAUCAAAGGAUAUGAGCUUAUUUCUGGGGCACAAACGUUCAGCAAUGCGAGUGAGAACACGUGUCAAGACAUCAAUGAGUGUGGACCACCCUUGCAAGUGUCCUGUGGAAAAUUCGCAGACUGCCAGAACACGGAAGGGGGCUACCACUGCACGUGCAUCAAAGGAUAUGAGCUUAUUUCUGGGGCAACAACGUUCAGGAACGCGAGUGAGAACACGUGUCAAGACAUCAAUGAGUGUGGACCACCCUUGCAAGUGUCCUGUGGAAAAUUCGCAGACUGCCAGAACACGGAAGGGGGCUACCACUGCACGUGCAUCAAAGGAUAUGAGCUUAUUUCUGGGGCAACAACGUUCAGGAACGCGAGUGAGAACACGUGUCAAGACAUCAAUGAGUGUGGACCACCCUUGCAAGUGUCCUGUGGAAAAUUCGCAGACUGCCAGAACACGGAAGGGGGCUACCACUGCACGUGCAUCAAAGGAUAUGAGCUUAUUUCUGGGGCAACAACGUUCAGGAACGCGAGUGAGAACACGUGUCAAGACAUCAAUGAGUGUGGACCACCCUUGCAAGUGUCCUGUGGAAAAUUCGCAGACUGCCAGAACACGGAAGGGGGCUACCACUGCACGUGCAUCAAAGGAUAUGAGCUUAUUUCUGGGGCAACAACGUUCAGGAACGCGAGUGAGAACACGUGUCAAGAUGUGAAUGAAUGUACCUCGGGGAGAAACCCAUGCCACAGCUCCACCCACUGCUUCAACCUCGUGGGCACCUAUCAGUGCCGCUGCCGCCCUGGCUGGAAGCCCAUUCCUGGGUCCCCGAACGGCCCAAACAACACUGUCUGCGAAGGUUCAGAGCUCAGAUGCUACACUUCUGGAGACCCACACUCAAAACACCUGAUCACAUAUGCAGGGCACCCACAGAAACCAAACAGCUUGAACACUGAUGUGGACGAGUGCAGCUCCGGGCAGCAUCAGUGUCACAGCUCCACCUUGUGCGCCAACACUAGGGGUUCAUACACGUGUGACUGCCGCCAAGGCUGGGUGCCCAAACCCGGAUUCCAGAAUAAACAAAACACCACCAUCUGCGAAG